AGGGUACUAAGAGGCUGUUCACAGAGCGAGCAGAAAAUGAAUACCAGAGGACUUGGAUCUCAGCUAAAGGACAGUAUUCCAGUUACAGAACUUUCACCAAGUGGAUCUUUUGAAAGUCAUGAUCUUUUUCAAAAAGGUUUUACUUGUGUGAAAAAUGAACUUUUGCCCAGUCGUCCUCUUGAAUUAUCAGAAAAAAAUUUCCAGCUCAACCAAGAUAAAAUGAAUUUUUCCACACUGAGAAACAUCCAGGAUCUGUGUGCUCCACUAAAAUUGCAAAUGGAAUUGAAGGCAGUGCAACAGGUUCAGCAUCUUCCAUUUCUUCCAAACUCAAACCUUUCACUGGAUAUUUUGAGGGGUAAUGACAAAACUAUUGGAUUUGAAGAUAUUCACAAUGACCCAUCACAAAGAGAGCUAAUGGGAGAAUCACACUUGAUGGUGGAAUAUAAACUAAGUUUGCUGUAA